CGUGCAGCCACGCUUCGAGAAGGACACGCGCUCCAGUUAUCCUAAAUUCACGUGUUUCUGUUGAUAUCCAAGUGUUCAUCAGGCUUGAGCCUCGCGAGAAGUGACUGCUACAGUGUUUAUCGGUGCCUGUUAGUGCUUCUGAUCUCAUUAGAAUAUUUUCUUUGCUCCAAAUUGAAACGAAAGAGUUGAACAAAACCUUUAACUCCUUCAUAAUGAUGGGUGAAAUAAUUUUUGUUGUUUAAUUGGGGAAGCAAGGAAGUGUUUAUCGUUGUUGAUGAGUGAUUUUUAAUUUGGGAGGAUCAGAUGGUUCUUCACUGACUUCAAGUGGAGAGAACACAACGGGAAAUUCUCAAGCUUAAUGAGCAAUUACUACUCUUAAAUAUCCCUCUUCACUGCAGAGACCUCUAAACAAAAACAACAAUCGCAAUAAAAUCUAAAACUUCCUCAAACAAAAAAAGAACAAUUUUAAUUUUACGAUUAGAAAAAUAUAAAAGUGCUCCACGGAAGUCUUCAUCAGUGUUUCCAGCUCCCAAAUCAUCACCCCUCCUUGGAAACAGCCCCAAAACCCUCUGCAAACCCCCAAAAUAAAACCUAGCAAUCACAUUGAAGAGUGAUUCCCCAUUGGUCCUCCCAAAACUCCAAAAAUGGAAAUUUACACAUUCGACAAAAGUCUCCAAGAGCGUCUGGUGGAGCUCGAGGAGAUCUUGUCAGGUCGUGGAACAGUGGUUCCCGCAUCGAGGAUAAAACACGAAUGGACGUUCCACGUUGAACUGGUGAUCGAGCCAGUGGGGUGGCAGGCCCUCUGGAAGAUUCCUCGACUGACCUGCCAGGAGUUUGAGAUCCACUACCCGACGAUUGUGGUCGUCCAGGUGGAGAACGUCGACUUCUCCGAGCUGUCGGCACUGGUGAAGAUCGUCGCAGUGCAGGACGAGAUUCACCUGCCAGAGAAGUGCGAUGUUCCGCUGGUAGAGUUGUACCCCACGAGGAACCAGGAGAACUCAGCGAUAGAUGCUGAGGGAACAGCCAAUUGCGUAGACCAGUUGAGGUUCUUCUUCAAUCAUCUGUGGAUGCCAUGGGACACUGAUGACGAUGACACUGCGGACUGGGUGACGAGCCACCUGGAGACGAGGGUCAGACUGUUCUUCGAUAUGAAACGGGGGGAUGUUAAUAAGGACACUUGCGAUAUCAUCAGGACGCUGAUAAGGGAGGGGAAGGAGAUCUCGGCGAAGAUCUCGAGGCUCGAGGAGGACAUCUCCGAUGAGGAGGGCGAGACCAAGUGCCUCGUGGACGAGGACAAGGCUUGUCAGCUCGUCAAGCUGCAUUUCAGGCUCCAGCAGAUCAAGACUGAGAUGGAUGUGCUGGAGAACCCGUCGAUGAGGGACAUGCUCCAACGAAACCCUCAUUCGGGGAUCAAUUCGGGGGAGGUGAAGAGGAGGGAGAGCAGGGGGAGCAAGGUCGAGGCGUAUUUCGUGUGGCAUGGGGGGGAACUGGGGGAGACCAUGGGCAGCCUGGAGAAGGCCAAGGAGUUCCUGCCCCAGGAUGUCUUCAUCAAAACCACCGGAUGCAUGCAGGAGGCUCUUCACAGCUCGGAGACGGGGGACAGAGUUGUCUUGGGUGAGGGCGAACAUUUGAUAUCCGGAGCUGGAGGGUUGGAGGAGGGUGGGAGGAUCGUGGGGAUCGGAGACAGGAGGAGUACAAUUGUGAGUGCCAAGGAGAGCACUUCUGGACCCUCCGUUCUCGAUUUCUCUGGAGGAGAGGUGGUUCUUCAAAAUUUGACUCUCGAUCUUGGUGAACUGCAGGCAGGCAUACUAGUACGAAAAGGCACAGUGAGAAUAAUUGACUGUAGAAUAGUAGCUUCGAAUCAGAGUGUCGUUAAGCUCGGUAUAGUCGUUCUCCCAGAGGGAAAACUUAUUCUUCAGAACUCAUCCUUUGUGGGGCUUGGAACUGCUGUGGUUAUUCACAACACUGGACAAUGCCAGAUGGAAAAUUGUGAUUUCGAGGACUGCAUUGAAGGCCUGCAGCUGCAGGAUGGAGUCGACUUUCAUGCAGUUCGUUGCAGAUUCUCGAAUUUCAAGGAGUACGCCAUUCGCAUGGAGACUGAGAAAUACAUCACUGGGGUGGAGAGCAAGACGGGGAGCAUUGAGCUCCUGAAAGACGUUAGAGAGGUGACCCUCGAGGAGUGCACAUUCGCGAAUAAUCUCAAAGGAGACGUUGCUAUACGACCACGAUUGUCUGUCGCUCUCUCAGCCAAACACGAUAAUGCAAUGGAAAUUGUUCCUUAAACUCUUGAUUUUAAUUCUUUUUUAUGGAAUUUAAUAUCUUGUUUUUAUGGAUUUAACUAGAAGUGGAAUAUUUUUGUAAUGAUUAACUAAUAAAUAGGUUUGGUACCAAAGA